AUGAUGCGACGAAUCUUUUUCCUCCUGUUCUUGGUUGCCUUGUGUGUCGCGUGGUCGGCGGAAGACUAUGAGUUAUUCAAGUUGCACGACGAGUUGGAAACGGCUGAAGGGCCUGGAGUCACCUUUUACGAUGUCCUCGGUGUCUCACCUCAUGCUACCGUCGACCAGAUCAGCGCCGCCCUCAAGAAGAAAUCCCGAACGCUCCAUCCUGACAAAGUCAAGCAUUCCUUUGUGGCCUCGCGGUCGACAGGGAGCCCGAAGAAGUCGGGCGGCAAGAAAAAGCCUGGUGUACACGUUUCGAAGGGACCAUCCCAGCGGGAAAUCUCUCGCGUCGUAAAAGAUGCGCAGGAACGCUACAGCCGGCUCACCGUGAUUGGAACCAUUCUGAGAGGACCGUUGAGGGAGAGAUAUGAUUUCUUCGAAGGGCACGGCUGGCCGUCCUGGCGUGGGACAGGGUACUACUAUCAAAGAUAUCGCCCUGGGCUGGGAACCGUUCUACUGGGACUGUUUUUGAUUGGUGGUGGAGCCGUCCACUACUUCGUCCUGACCAUGAACUAUCGUAGACACCGAGACUUUAUGGAGAGGUACAUCAGAGAUGCAAAGAAACAGGCGUGGGGUGACGAGUCUGGCAUCAGGGGCAUUCCUGGGUUCAGUGAUCCGGUGGACGUCGCUCCCACGAUCGACGAACCUGACCCAAUGUCCAAUUUGAACCGACGGCAGCGACGAGAAAUGGAGCGACAAAAUAAAAAGGAAAAGACGACCAAACCUGCUCCUGCACCUGCCCCCAAGGUGGCACCUUCCUCAACGCCAGACCGCCGACGCGUCACCGCAGAAAAUGGCAAGACCUUGGUGGUGGACUCGGAGGGCAACGUGUACUUGGAAGAGGAUGACGAGGACGGAAACACUCAAGAAUACCUUCUGGAUCUGGAUGAGAUCAUCAAGCCCACGGUGUGGGAUACGGCUGUUCUGCGCCUCCCCCUCUGGCUCUGCCGCAAAGCUGUCAGUCCUUUUAUGAAGAAGGCGCAGGCGAUCCCCUCAGACGAGGGAACUGCGCCACAAAGCGAAGCACCAUUCGAGCCGACAGAGAAAGCCAUGGACGCCGAGAAGAUCACGGUGAAGGAUUUGAGCUCCAGCCAACUAUCGGAUUCUGGGUUUGAAAUCGUCGAGACAACUGGUCUCGAGAAUUCCAAUGGGACCAAUGUCAAAAAACGGGGCAAGAAGGGCAGGAAGUGA